AUGACAACAGCAAGCCCAAGAUACAUCAUGCGCCGCACGCCCAGCCAAUGUCCCCGCCAAAACAUGUAUUUUUCUCAACUAGCAACACCUUGCGUAGACACCAUAGACUACGUCAUUCCUCCAGUUUUUCAAAAUUGCAACAAGCAGCUCAUUCUGCCACCAACGACAGUUGAAUUGCCAUACGGUUUGGGGUAUUUUGAGUCAGCAUUGCCCUUCGUGGCACAAAGCUUUGCCCCAGGGCUGGAUUUCUUCACCACGGGAGCUUAUAUUCCAGUGGCAUCGCCCUGUGAUUGUCUGACUUUGGCGGCCCCUGUGUGCCCUGAUAUCGCGCCUUUGUCAGUCACACCACAACUGCUUCGGCCACCAUACAACUUCAGACCCAUCGGAGAAAAAAUCCUCGACACUGGCAACUUCAUAAACCAGCCAGCACCCACAGUGAUAUCCGAACCUCCUUGCAACAACAUCAUUCCUAUUCCUAACACGCCUACGCCUAGCACUACUAUCAUCACCGACUGUUCACCUACAGUAUGUCAGAACUUAGCAAACACUAUCCAACUUAUGAUAGUCUGCAAUUUGCUGCAGAAUAGUAAGAGUUCUGAUUUAGCUUUGCAGUUGGCUUCUCCACUGUUAAAUGAAGUGAUGAAUUCACCGCUUUUGUCUUGUGGUUGUAAUAAUCCGUUGUCUCCUACAGUCGUUUCGUCUAGCUUUGUUACUCCUAAUAUAGGAGCACCUAAUGUCAUUUCUACCAACUAUAUCCCCCCUAACAUAGUCAAUCCUAACAUCUAUUUGCCUAAUCCAGGCAAUCCUCUUUUAGUUCCUACGCCUAAUGUAGUUGCUUCUAGUAAUACAGUGUCGUUGCCUCCUAGAGUUAUUUCUUCUGCUCCUUGUCCUAAUUCACCACAAAUCAAUCCAGCUAAUGUGAAUGGAUUACUUAGUACUAUUAUGGGUAUGCUAGGCAAUAUACAAGGCUAGUGUAUAAGAGAUGUAAGUUUAGAAAAUAAG